AAAGCUUGUCCAAUAAAAGAAAAGAGUUGCAAGAACAGAGUGGUUUCUCUACUUCACAUCCUUGCGUAUUUUAGGUAAUUCGCUUUCAAUGGACAUGAAAAUGAGCAUGAAACUAAGCCAUUUUGCUUGAUUAACAUUUGAAGAAUGAAUGUUAAUUUUGUGACAGGUCACAGAAAACUUCUGCCCUUCAGAGGGAUGGUGAACUUUGUGCAUUUAGUGGAGGCAUGUCCCUACAGGGAUUAUCAGCUGGUCAGCUUUUGGGUUACAGUACAACACACAGAUCUAUACAACAAUGGAAAGUAGACUUUUGUAACCAACAUGCAGCAUUCAUAUCAAAACAGUUACAGAGGGCAAAUGAGGUGAGUUUGUCAUUUGUAAAGCAACAUGUUCUUAGUACAAGUUUAAAGGUAACCACAAUACUCUACAUAUUUAAUGGAAUUUGUCCUAGAAGAAAGGGCUUGGGAAAAAUAUCUUCUAAAGCUAAAGUUUAGUUUCUCUCAGAAUUUUCAUGUUCCUGUUGUCAACUCAUGGUUUUAACAUUAGUCAUCUUUCUUAACAGCUGAAAUGUUUUAUAAUUUUAAUGGUGGAUGACUUCCACAACAUUCACUCCCUCCAUACACCAUCAAAACUAGUGCACACAAACAUUGUACACAUGGCAUUCUGUCUUGCUGACAUUCAUCCUACAAUACAUGCAGUACCAUGA